GGGACUCAUCACCCAACACACCCACGCACGUGCGCGUCCUCGCUGCUGAAUGGACGUAAUGCGCAACGUGCGCGUGAUUGCUCCUGAGCGACAAGAUGGCGGCGUCCGCCGGAUCAGGCGUCAAAGUUCCUCGUAACUUCCGGCUGCUGGAGGAGCUGGAGGAGGGGCAGAAGGGUGUGGGCGAUGGGACAGUCAGUUGGGGUUUAGAGGACGAUGACGACAUGACGCUCACGCGCUGGAGAGGAAUGAUCAUCGGGCCGCCGCGCACGAUCUACGAGAACAGGAUAUACAGCCUGAGGGUGGAGUGUGGACCUCGGUACCCGGAAACACCGCCGCUCGUCCGAUUCGUCACCAAAAUCAACCUGAAUGGUGUCCACAACUCCAACGGUGUGGUGGACAUGCGUGCUGUGUCGUCUCUGGCCAAGUGGCAGAACUCGUACAGCAUCCGCGUGGUUCUGCAGGAGCUGCGCAGACUCAUGAUGUGCAAGGAGAACAUGAAGCUGCCGCAGCCACCCGAGGGCCAGAUCUACAGCGUCUGAACCACACACACACACACUUCACAUUCCCUCACCUUUCCAAGACUCUCAUCAUUCCCUUAUUUUAUAUUGCGAAGCUCUACCCCUUGACCCCUCCCCCCUUUUCACCUGAGUAGCCAAUCAGCAGUUCUCAUCACCCUGAGAAUCACGGACACAUCGUUAUGACGCAUCGUACAGAUCAUCUUUAUGAUCGUCUUGUUUUGUUUUGUUUUUUUGUUUGUUUUUUUAAUCUUUGUUAUACAUGCAAAUUGUAAAAUAACAUAAAUUAUCUUAUUGAAUGUA